AUGUCGCUCGAAGCUACGAUGAUCAUCGUUGACAACAGCGAGAGCAGCAGAAACGGCGACUAUACAUCGACACGAUGGCAAGCCCAGAUUGACGCCGUCAGCGUCAUCCACACGGCCAAGAUGCGCGCACACCCUCAGUCUGCCGUCGGGCUGAUGAGUAUGGGCGGAAAGGGCCCCGAGGUGCUGUCAACAUUCACGACUGAUUUCGGUGGCAUUCUCGCCGGAUUGCACCGCACGAAGAUUCACGGCACCGCCCACUUCACGUCGAGCAUACAAGUUGCGGGUCUCGCCCUCAAACAUCGCUCCGAAAAGUCGCAACGCCAACGCAUUGUCGUAUUCUCCUGCUCCCCCAUCGCCGAAGACGAAAAGACGCUCGUGAAGCUCGCCAAGAAGAUGAAGAAGAACAACGUCUCCAUAGAUGUUGUCGCCUUCGGUGAUCUCGAAUCAGACCAGACCAAGAAACUCGAAGCUUUCGUCGAAAACGUCAAAGGCGGCGACGGCUCCAACCUCGCCAUCAUCCCGCCCGGCCCAAACCUUCUCUCCGAGGAGCUCCAAGCCUCGCCAAUCCUCGGCGGUGAUGCUGGUGGCGCUGGUGGUAUGGGAGGAGAUGACGGCGGCGACGGCGGUGCCUUUGACUUGGAUGCCGCCGCUGAGAAUGACCCCGAGUUGGCCUUUGCGCUGCGUUUGUCGUUGGAAGAGGAGAAGAACCGGCAGGAGAAGGAGAAGCGGGAGCGGGAGGCGCAGGAGGGUAAGGAGAAUCUGGAGGGGAUUCCCGAGGAGGGUUCAUCCAGCAAGAAGGAUAACGAGGAUCCGGAUAAGAUGGAUACUGCUUAG